AUGGCAUUCGUCAGGGUCUCCGAUUUAUCUGAUGAACAUCAAGUUCCGGUAUACAACGAAAUCGAAGACAAUGAGUUCCGGUUGUUAUACCUUGAGCCAGGAGAGGAAAUAGACGAAAUUUGCUGCAAGAUCAGGCGCUGGCCAUAUGGUAUCUCCCCAAAAUACGAAGCGCUCUCCUAUGAAUGGGGAAUAAAAGAGGGAAAGCAAAUUUCCUUGGACGGUCACCAAGUAAAUAUAAAUAAAAACCUUUCGGACGCACUCCUCGCCUUAAGGCUUAGAUAUAAGCGACGUAUUAUUUGGGUGGACGCGCUUUGUAUCAACCAAAACAAUCAUACGGAACGGAACGAACAAGUUGCGAAAAUGGGACAAAUCUAUCAGGACGCUGACCGUGUCGUUUCUUGGAUUGGU